UAUCGUCCGUUGAUAACCAUACUUUUUGUAUAUCCUCCAUAUUGCAGUCUUCAUUUACCAAAACCUAAAACCGGAUCAGUGUUGACGUGAUUUUCACGAGUCUGAGCAACAUGACACUUGUGGCUGUGAACAACUUUUUUAUCGCACAGUUGUUAUAUUUAAUUGUCCACAGAUUAUUUUGAGCAUUGAGUAAUUGUUACUCAUUUCUACAUCAAUCAAUCUGUUUUACAUGAAUACAACGAACAAUGACUUCCAAAAGUAGAGGCAGUGUCACUGGUGAUGAUUUCAGGCAUGCCGAUGCUGAUGAAAAAGAAACAUUGUUGGAGCAUGAUAGCGAUCCCGAUGAAGAUAUGCUAUUCAGUCGUAGCAGUGCAUCGUCCCUGGAUGACGUCAGAGUGCAUAGAAAAAUAGACAGUGUUCAAGUACAAAUCCGCGAUGUAACAGAUAUAAUGCGGGACAAUAUACAAAAAGUUUUGGAACGCGGAGAGAGAUUGGAAGAUUUACAAAUGGCCAGUGGUAGAUUAAAUAUCGCUGGUAAUGAAUUUCGUGAUGCAGCACGAAAAGCACAACGUCGAGCUGCGAUGCAGAACUUUCGGUCCAAACUAAUCAUCAUUGCUGUUACAUUGACGAUUAUACUAUGCAUCAUUGUUUUGGACGUCGCGGUACUUUAUCUGGUUCUCAAAUAACCGUCGUGCUUCCAUGGCCUAAAGCCAUGAAGAAAAUUAAGUGCCUAUGAUCAUAAAGUACUCCUGAACGGUGGACCCGCGGGAAUAGCAAGCAGGAUUCGAAAAAAAAUAUCAACUUCUCAUUUAACCAAAAGUUUAUAGAUUUUUGAAGAACCUAUUUUUAAAGUAUUCAUACACGUUUAUAUAUAUAUAUGUACAUUUUCUACUAUUCAUUAAACAUUAGUUUUGUAAAGUGA